CGAAGGAAAGUAUCAAUGUUAUGAGGAUCGUUAAAUACGAGACAGAUAGAUACCUCGCUUCGUUUGAGAUUCUCAAUUAAGGAAGCUAAAACAGAGAAAAUGGCUGAAGAGGGACAGGUGAUUUCCUGCCACACCGUUGAGGCUUGGACCGAUCAGCUCGAUAAGGGACAGGAGAGCAAGAAACUGAUUGUGGUGGAUUUUACUGCUUCCUGGUGUGGGCCAUGUCGUCUCAUCAAUCCAAUUCUGGCAGAGUUGGCCAAGAAGAUGCCCAAUGUUAUAUUCUUGAAGGUGGAUGUGGAUGAAUUGAAGUCUGUCGCUGAGGAUUGGGCUGUUGAGGCAAUGCCAACUUUUAUGUUCUUGAAAGAAGGAAAAAUAGUUGACAAGGUUGUGGGUGCCAAGAAAGAGGAACUGGAGUUGACCAUUGCAAAGCAUGCUCAGAUGGCAGCAGCAUAAUGGAUUAAGUAUACUGGGUCUUCAGUGGUAUUCAAGGAAUGCAUGCUUAUGGCAGUGUAAUUGUGUUUUUAUAGAUAUCUAUGAAUUUAGUAUGUUUAUGUAAGUGAUGAACUUGUUCUUCAUAUUGCUACUUGUUAUGUGGUCGUAUGAGGAUUUUUAAUAUUCUCUUUUGCAUUGGCAUGCUCAAUUACAGAAGCAAGCUUUCUAUGUAGUAGAUUUGUGUUGCUUGUAUAGUUGUGGCUGCCAAGGGUAUGUGAAAGUGCCUCAUGGCGGUCUUCUGUUACCGUUAUCUUCGGAGAAACAUUUGUUCUUUUCA